AUGGAGGGAGUUGGGGCUAGGUUCGGGCGGUCCUCAUCUAGAUACGGCCCUGCCAGUGCCAUCGUCUUCACGGGGCCAGUCCGUAAGUGGAAGAAAAAGUGGGUCAAUGUGCCGCCCUCCAAUUCCAACCAAACGGCAACAAACGGCAUCAUUAAUGGCAGUAAUGGCUCCUCCCACCUCUUGCUCUACAAGUGGACCCCGAUUGCUCACAGCCAAAAGAAAGACAAUAAUGAUACUAACAGCAGCGAUAAUAGUAACGGCAAUGAUGACACCAAGAAUUCCAAUAUAGACGACUCCGUUGUUGUAGAGGAGCCGCCCAAGCGUAAAUUCAAGUAUAUUCCGAUUGCCUUGCUGGUAGAACAAAAGAAUGAGUCCUCAGAAGAGGUUGAGGAUGAAGCUAAACCAAUCGAGACUGACACAUAUACAGUGGAUGGAACCUCCCAGACUGAUGGCCUUGAUGAAAAGCCUGACAUUAACGAUGUGCCAAUGGAUGAAAAUCAGGGCCUCCAGAAUAAUCCCGUCGAACGGCAAGAUCUGAAUGAAAGCACUCUGGACUUGAGUUUGGGUUAG